AUGUUUUCACACACUUCGAAACAUCUGUUGACGGAACAUCAAAUUGUUAUUGUGGAAGCGGAUUUGAUCGUUGAUCUGAAAAGAUAUGUGGAGCAUUGGCGACAGCGCAUUACAGAGGAAGGCGUUGAUAAAAUCUUUCCGAAGGUAACUCCCGUCGAGGGGUCACCUUACUAUGGAACAGUGGAUUGCUACUACGAAAUGAGUGAACGCCUUCAGGAAGACUAUGGGUUGCGGCAGAAACUUGCUAUGCGACGUCUUGAAGAGGUGCUAGCAUGUCAACAACGUGAGCGGGAAGAGACAAAUUUCCAGCAACAGUGUAUUUUCUGCAAACACAUGUCAGUGGGGAAUCGCUCGAAAAUAAUCCAUCAUCUCUAUAUGAUUCAUCAUCUGAAUCUUGGAUCGCCGGAUAACCUGGGCAGCGAAAUGGCUGGUGCGAGUGGUAUUUCUGGGAGCGCUCAAGUUCUGCGAAAAUAUCGAUUUUGGGGCUCUGAGCUAAGUUUCAAGAUUAUAGCAUUAAAGGAACUCGGAAAGCGGUGGCUGGAAGUGCUGGCAGAAGAUUUUGAAGAUACCUCGCUGACAUUCCUAGAUUCUGAUGAGGAGGAAGAGGACUUCUCAUGUCUUUCGCGCUGCGAAUUUGCUGUGUCGCAGGAAUCAUUUUCUAAAGUUGUGUUGAAAGGGCGCGAGUGGCAGGAAGAUAAUAUCAAUGUGGAGCCGACAUGCGCCAUUUGUUUGUUCUGUGAGAAAACCGAGGAAAACGCAGGCCCACUACUGGAACAUAUUAAGGCAUGUUUUGAUUUAAACAUAACUAUAUCGGGAAAAGAAACUGUCAAAAGCCUCAGCGGCUGGGUUCUGAUGAAGCACAUUUGUCAUACCCGGCAUCAUUUUGAUAUUCUUGGGAUCAUCGAAAAAGAGAAGUUCGAUGUGUACGAUCGCAUGAGCAUGAUCAAUUUCAUACGCAAGGAGUCUUACAAUGGCCGGUGUUUCGUGUGUGGGAAAGGCGAUUUCGGUGGAUUGCUACAGCUUAGGCUGCACUUUGCAGAGGACAACCAUCUUUCCAAAGGAUUGCCGAACAAAUCAGUCUGGCGCGUUGAAGAGUUGGUUGAUUCAACAGUUAUUACCCGUUACUGA